GGGUAGUCCUAGGAAGCAUUAGCACUUCCCUCCCAGAGGCAAAGCGGGAUAUUGCGCCACCGACGGCCCCUGCAACUAUUUCCAACUUUAUCCGGAAAAGUGGGUUAACGGAACCGCUGGCUCCAGGGGGCAUAAAGCGUGUUUGUUUGAUUCGGAAGCGACCAUCCCUCUCUUUCCUAAGCUACUCCGACUUGUGCGAGUGGCGAGGAAUAUAGUUUUAGCGUAGGGUUGCUCUCUCUCUCUCUCUCUGUUUCUGUGAGUCUGUUGAGAGGGUUGUUGGGGGGAGGAAGGAGAAGAAGAAGAUGAUUGACACGUCCCGUGUGCAGAAGGAGUUGGUAGAGAUCGAGAGGGAUAGGAAGACUCUGGGAGUGAGCAUCAAGCUCCAUGGCGACGAUCUCACCCACCUAUGCGGCACCAUUGCCGGCCCACUCGAAACCCCCUACGAAGGGGGGAUCUUCCUCAUCGACAUCCGCUUGCCUGCUGCGUAUCCUUUUGAGCCUCCAAAGAUGCAGUUUAUCACAAAAGUGUGGCAUCCCAAUAUUAGCAGCCAGAAUGGAGCGAUAUGCUUGGACAUCCUAAAGGAUCAGUGGAGUCCUGCUCUCACACUGAAAACUGCCUUACUCUCCCUGCAAGCAUUACUAUCUUCACCACAGCCUGAUGACCCCCAAGAUGCUGUGGUAGCGCAGCAGUACUUGCGUGACUACUCAACUUUUGUGGGUACUGCUCGCUAUUGGACCGAGACAUUUGCCAAAAGAUCAUCUCUUGGGAUUGAGGAAAAGGUACAAAAAUUGAUGGAGAUGGGUUUCACUGAGACACAGGUGAGGGCUGCACUGGAGAGCACAGGUGGAGACGAGAACAUGGCACUUGAGAAGCUCUGCACUAGCUAGCGUCUAGUUUACAUGUACAGGUGGUGGAAACUUCAAAAGGGUUGGGCAGCUGCUGCUGCCAUCUACUUUAGUUAGCAUUUCUGCUUUAGAACCUCGAUAUUGUAACUCAGACAAUUGAACGGAAGGCUAUUGUUGGAAAUAUAAUAUAUCUAUCUGUUCAUUUGGCUGAUA